AUGACGGAGGUAGAGAAGCUGCAGGCCGACCCGCAAUUCGCCAUCGAGCUUGUGCUGGGACCUCCCUGCCCCGAGCUGGUGCCACAAGAUGCCUCGCGCGGCCUGAAGUUCGCAGGCCACUUCACCAGUGCUCCGCAGCAAUUUGUGUUCAAGAAGGCCCAUUUGAGUGGCGACGACUUCCGGAUUUUCAACAAAGAGGGCCACCUGGUUUGCGUGUCGCACCACGAGGGCAAGAACCCGUACGAAUCGCUUGACCCGCUGGGCCUCUCCAACCAGCCCCAGCGGCUGGAAUGGAAGAGCCUGACAUGGGUGACAGGCUACCAUGGCAUGCCCAGCUUCAAAAUUCGGCCCAAGGCGCUGAGCAGGCACGGGCGGCAGCAUGUGGUGGACUACCAGGGCGCCCAGGUCUUCUUCAGCGUGGGCAACAAGAGCCGGCUGAGCACCAUGAGCGUGCGGCACAACAUGGAGGUGUGCCAAGGCGAGGGCUCCGAGGUUGUGUACGAGAUUGAGGCAGACCUGGCGGGCCGCACGCUGCAGUUUAAGAACCCCCAGGGCCAGCUGGUGGCUGUGGCGCAGAAGUCCACCAAGGCGCUGAUCAUGAAUGCGGCGCUGGGCGGCGGCAGCGAGAUGGCGGUGGACGUGGCGGCGGGCGUCGACUGGACCGCAAUCCUGGCCUGCAUAAUGGCCAUCCAGCAGGUGGGAGCGCACAUGGCGAAGGAUGCCUUUGGCAACUUUGUGGCAGCCCCGCUGGCCAACCAGGCGCAGGAUGCGGCGCUGGAGGCCACCGGCCUCGACGGGAUUGCAAACCAGCUGGGCAGCCUCACCAACUCUGGCAUCCGGAAGUUCUCACAGGCCAAUCACAUGUAUCAACAGUUCUUCAAGUGA